GCCACCUCACAACGCACGUAGCCUCCGCGCCGCACGGUACUGCGAGACGUAUCCCGCGCGCACCGCCGCGAGUCCAUGUGAGCGACCGACAGCUCUCUCGUUGUGCACGGUGAACGAAGGAUCGGCAAGCUGUACGCGCCGCAGGAAGACGACAUGCUGACGAUGGAGACGGAUCUCAAGGGCGGCAGCCUGCACGCCACCGUGCCGCCGCACCACGCGCUGCAGCACGGCUACGGCUCGCUGGGCGCGCUUGGCGGCAUGAUGUCGCUGCCGCAGCAGCAGCAGCUGUCGCAGCACCAGCUGCAGCACCACCAGCACCAGCCGCUGCCGCAGCACCACUCGCAGCCCGCGCCGCAACACCAUCAGCCGCCCAACAACAACAACAACACGUCCAGCAAGAACUCCAACGCGGAGAGGGUCAAACGGCCCAUGAACGCGUUCAUGGUGUGGUCGCGCGGCCAGCGCAGGAAAAUGGCCUCGGACAAUCCCAAGAUGCAUAACUCCGAAAUAUCCAAACGAUUAGGUGCACAGUGGAAAGACCUCUCGGAAUCCGAGAAGCGACCGUUCAUCGACGAAGCGAAGAGACUUCGGGCCGUUCACAUGAAGGAACAUCCGGAUUACAAGUACAGACCGAGGAGGAAAACGAAGACGCUUGCAAAAAAACAAGAAAAAUAUCCGCUCGGAGGAGGAGCACUGUUGGGUGCGGGCGAUGCACAGAGAACGUCCGCGCCGUCGGCGCAGCAGCCUCGCGACGUCUACCAGAUGACGCCGAACGGGUACAUGCCCAACGGAUACAUGAUGCACGACCCCAGCGCGUACCAGCAGCAGGCGUACGGCUACCCGCGCUACGACGUGGCGCAGAUGCAGCAGGGCGGCUACGGCGGGGGCUACUACGGUGGCCAGGGCUCGCCGUACCUGCCGCAGCCGCCCUCGCCGUCCGCGUACGGGCUGGGCCCGGGCUCGCCGGGCGGCUACGCGCUGCCCGCGUCGUGCGCCUCGCACUCGCCCAGCGGCUCGUCCGCCAAGUCGGAGCCCGUGUCGCCCGGCCCGCCCGGCCUGAAGCGCGAGUACGUGCCGCACGAGCCGCCGCAGCUCAAGCGCGAGUUCGGCGUGCACGGGCACGUGGGCCAGCACUCGCACGAGCAGCUCGCGAUGAAGCGCGAGUACGGGCAGCAGGACCUCAGCCACAUCAUCAACAUGUACCACGUGCCCGACGAGCAGCGGUACGCGGCGGCCGGCGAGCGCGCCAUGCCGCUCAUCUGAGAAUCGCCUUUCGCGUGCGACAUCGACAUCCCGCCGCUCUGAGCUGGCCGGGUCGCCGCGUCUCCACAGUGACUUUCUUGCGACUCGUUCGCCUAGGACAGUGAUCGUUAUCGGCGUACAUACUUCUAGGUAUGUCCUUUAUUUGUUUUGUCAUAUCCCGCGGGCCCGCGAGCCGCCGUCGUUGCUGUUGCGAACUGUUGAAGUUGACGCGGCUCGCGCCCGACGGCAGAUCGUUCAAUUAAUGUUGUUGAUGAUUAUUCUGUAUUAUAUUAUGAUUAUUGUAUUUUUUCAAGGUUUAAGUUAAAAUAUUCUUAGUUGUGCUGUGUGAACGGACGAGAGUACGUGCGGAGGGAUGAAAGACGAAGGAGUGCUCGAGGUUAUUUGAAUACCAAAAAAAUUUUGAACAAUAUGUAAAUAUAGUGUUAAAUGCUAGGUCGAAGUUGAAGUUAGUCGAUAAAGCGUAGGUAGAUAGCGAUAAGACGUGCCACGACGCCACACUCGUACGCCCGUCGUGAAUUGUACAAAAUAUUUGUUAUAUGGGAUCGAAAGUUAUGAAAGCCUCGAAAGACUAAAAUAUUGUAAUACAAAAAUGUACAGUGAGUGUUAUAUAGUCAGUGGACACAAAGUAUAUUGAAGAGAAAAAUGAAGUUAUCAAUAAACGACGCGUUAAAACUGUA